UGCUAGGCUCUUGGAUUAUCGAUAGUUGUAUCCUGGUAGUCAGAAGCCUAACGAACUACAAGCACUGAGUAGGGGCGAAAUUCUGUCUAAAGGACAUUGCCAAUCUGCAAGCCUUUAUCGAAUCACAAGUCAGUCCUUGCAAUUACAAUUCCUUUAUUUCAUAUGCAUGUUGUGUUGUAAUUUAUAUUCCAUUGUAUAAAUCAUUGCUGUAAUUACUUAUAUAUUGUAUAAGCAAAUUUUCUAUUCACUGAUACUGAUCCAACACUUAAUUGGGUUAGGUAUGGGCUUGAUCCCAACAGAAGGUUCCAGGCAUCAACAAAAAACUUUAUAAGAUCUUCCGCCUCUUGUGAUAAUAAACACUCUAUUCAAUCUUUUUUCAGGGUAGUGGUACUUAUUUCAAUCUUCUGCUAAUAAUUUGCAAGCUUAGCCAUGGCGAAUGGAGGAAAAGAUCAUUCUGUCAUUAUGAUUGGAGCAGGGAAAACAGAGUGGCAACUUCACCCAUCAGCUGGAAACGAGGCUUGUUGCAUCUUCAGAGUUCCCCAAUGCCUUGCGGAAAUACACCCCAAGACCUACCAGCCUCACGUAGUCUCCAUCGGCCCUUACCACUAUGGAAAACCACAUCUGCAGAUGAUGCAGGAGCACAAACAGAGAUAUCUUGGCGAUCUGCUUGCUCGAACAGCAUCAACUGGCCCGAAACUUGAUGAGUACCUGCAGGCUGUUGAAUCAAGGGAAAAAGAUAUAAGAGAUUGCUAUUCGGAGAACAUCAAGUUUGGCAGCGGCGAUCUAGUUGAGAUAAUGGUGCUAGACGGUCUCUUCAUUAUCGAACUCUUCUGCAAAGAAUUCAAAGGACUAGUAUCACAACCACAGAGUCAUGGUGACGAUCCGAUUUUUAACUUGGCAUGGGUGAAGCCUAAUCUCAUACGAGAUCUCCUCCGGUUGGAGAACCAAAUUCCUUUCUUUGUUCUUCAAAUCUUGUUUGAUAAAUCAAAAGCUUUGAGAAACGAUAGUCAAUUGUCUCUUUCCAAGCUCGCUUUGCAAUUCAUCAGUUACGCAGUAGAAAGACCGGAAAAGGUCUUAAACCAGCAAUUUGAAGCCAAAAAUUUGCUUGAUUUAGUGCGAUUGAGUUUUGCACCUCAACCUCUUGAUCAUCCAUCUCAUCCACCUCCAGACAAGAAGCUGAAAAACACUCCUUCCUUACUCCUAUCAAUCUCACCUGCAAGAACACCUCUGAAAGGCAUCAAGUCGAACGCAUGGGAGGCGGUGAAAAAGUUACUAGCAGGAAUUAAAUGGAAGACACAGAAGGCAGACACUGUCCAAUCAGAAGAAACACCUCUCGAAGGCGAGUCAGUUCAAUUGAUUAAAUCAGCAAGAAAGCUCUAUAAGUCUGGAAUUAAGUUCAAGACCGUGGCGGGAAGGAGCUCCUUGGACAUCAAAUUUCGCAAUGGAGUACUCAAAAUCCCAAACAUAUUACUAGAUGAUCUUCGUGCCGAUUUAUUUCUAAAUUUUGUUGCAUUUGAACAGCACCGAUACUUCCUUUGCCCAUCAAGGCACAUAACCAGUUAUGCAGCAUUCAUGAGUUGCCUCAUCCGCACACCUGAGGACGCAACAUUUCUCCGCGAUAAAGACAUUAUUGACAACUAUCUUGGAACCGACGAGGAAGUUGCCAAUUUCUUUAGAACCUUAGGUAAAGAUGUGACUUUUGAUAUUGAUGAGAGCUAUCUAUGCAAGUUGUUCAAAGAUGUGAACAAGUACCAGAGAAAUGUUUUGCACGUGACAUGGGGAGAGUUCAAAUUCAAGUACUUUGAUUCCCCCUGGUCUUUCGUAUCUGCUUUAGCUGCUGUCAUAGUUCUACUGCUUACCGUACUUCAGACCUUCUAUACUGUUUAUGAGUAUUCCCAUCCACAACAGUCUGGCUGAGGUCGGAAGCAUGUCGAUCACAAUCCCCUCCGACCUGUACUAUUCCGUUUCAGUAGUCUUUUCUGUCAUUUUUGUUCCUGUACUUUUAACUUUUUGAUCAGCGUGCUUUGUUUCCAAACUCAGAUGUUGGGCUAUUAAUCUCCUUUGUAAGCGUUUGUCUUGAUAUUUGACGUUCAUGGAUUAAUGAAGACGAUCACUUGACCA